AUGGCAUUUGUGACAUUUGUCAUUGCUAUGGCAGCAAUUGGCGCUUUUUAUCUUUACUCAACCAAACCAGCAUGCAGACAAGCUGUAAACAAUUGGUCUGUUUUAGCAUGUGAUGCAUUGCAAGGAAAAGUUACACCAUCUUCUGGGCAAAUUGUAAAACGAAAGGUGCAAGUGGUCAGUACUACUGCGCCAAUUGCUCCAACAUCCUUACCACGAUAUCAACCAGAACAAAAAAUUAGUUUCAAAUUAUAUAUCUUUUUUUAA